GAUUUGUUUUGUGCGUCCUCUACUGCUCAUAUACAGUAGCUGCUUCUUGUCUUGGAAUUUGCGCUUGGGUUCAAGGAUUAAAUUCAACUUCGGUGUCGCACGAUCUUGGCGUUGUUGACAAAUCGAGCAUGCAUGAUUGAACAAUGCAAUUAACCCAGGGUUGUUUAUUUUAAUGUAAUGUGCAUUUAUUCCACAUAUGCGUCAGAUUUGCGUGUUUCUGUAGAUUGUAGUCGCACCGAGUUUCCGAACUAAUAAUUGAACGUAGAUUCUUCCGAGUUGUUUUAUAACAUAACAAAAGGUGAAAGAGAGAAAUGGCUUCGCAGAUUCUUCUAAUAAAUCUACGCGCGACCGCUCAGUUCUGCAAAACAGCGAAGAGUCUGCAGAGAACUUGGGCACCUUUAAUUUCUGCUCAACAGAGAUGUGCCAUUCAUGUGGAUAACCCACCCAGCAUCCCAUCUCUGACUACCAGCUAUGCCCAUGGCAUCUCUGCCCAUGCAUUGCUCUCUAAGACUGUGGACCAGUGCCUUAAAGCCUCAGUGGAGCGAUACCCUGACCGUGAAGCUUUGGUUUUUGUGCAGGAUGGAAUACGCAAGACAUUUGCUCAGUUCUACCAAGAAGUAGAACAGGCAGCAGCAGGUCUGUUGGCUGUUGGGUUGAAGAAGGGGGAUCGCUUGGGGAUAUGGGGACCAAAUAUCUACGAGUGGGUGUUGAUGCAGUUUGCCACUGCCAAGGCAGGGAUCAUUUUGGUGUCAGUGAACCCUGCUUAUCAGUUGAUGGAGGUAGAAUUUGCACUCAGAAAGGUGCAGUGCAAUGCAAUUGUAUGUCCAACUCAUUUCAAGACCCAAAAUUACUGUGAUAUGUUAAGGCAGCUUUGCCCAGAGAUGGAUGCCGCUUCUCCUGGAGGAAUAAAAAGUUCGAAAUUACCAGAUCUUCGCACUGUAAUAGUGAUAGACAGUCAACAACCAGGGACUUUUCACCUGAAAGAUGUGAUGCAGGCUGGGACUAGCCAACACCAUCAGCAGCUACAAGACCUGCAGAAGAAACUCACGUUUGACGAUCCCAUUAACAUUCAGUUUACAUCGGGAACUACAGGAAGGCCAAAAGGAGCCACUUUGUCCCAUCACAACAUUGUCAACAAUGCUUAUUUCAUUGGCAUGCGCGUGGGGUAUGACUGGAGGAAAAAUGUGCGAGUGUGCUUGCCAGUGCCCAUGUAUCAUUGUUUUGGCUCGGUGGGUGGUGGUAUGGUCAUGGCCUUGCAUGGCAUCACAUUGGUUUACCCAUCCUCUGGUUAUGAUGGACAUGCCAAUCUGGUGGCGAUACAGAAAGAGAAGUGUACGUUUGUCUACGGUACUCCUACUAUGUUUGUAGACAUGCUUGGUCAGCGUGACCUUGCCCAGUUUGAUUUGUCAACAGUUGAGGGUGGUAUUAUGGCUGGCUCUCCUUGUCCUCCUGAGGUUAUCUUGAAGGCUAUCAAUGUCAUGGGUAUAAAGGAAAUGUUGAUUGGAUAUGGGACGACCGAAAACAGCCCUGUGACAUUCUGCGGCUUUCCAGUUGACAGCAUGGAGCGGAAGACGCAGACCAUUGGAUGUAUAACCCACCACAUUGAGGCCAAAAUAGUGGACCCUACAACAGGGCUGAUCGUGCCUCUCGGCACUCAGGGGGAGCUGAUGAUCAGGGGCUAUUGCGUGAUGCUGGAGUACUGGCAAGAUGAGGAAAAGACCCGUGAGUGCAUCACAAAAGAGCGCUGGUACAAAACUGGUGACAUUGCCAGUUUGGACAAGUAUGGAUAUUGCAAAAUAGAAGGACGCAUAAAGGACCUCAUCAUCCGAGGAGGCGAGAACAUCUACCCUGCUGAAAUCGAACAGUACCUACACACUCAUCCUAAAGUUCAGGAAGCACAGGUGGUUGGAGUGAAGGAUGAGCGAAUGGGAGAGGAGGUUUGUGCUUGUAUUAAACUGAAUGUGGACCAGGAAUGCACUGCAGAUGAGAUCAAGGCCUACUGCAAGGGAAAAAUCGCUCAUUAUAAGGUGCCACGCUACGUGCUGUUUGUUCAGGGAUAUCCUUUAACAGUCACAGGCAAGAUCCAGAAGAACAGACUGCGGGAGCAGGCAGAAAAACAGCUUGGACUGUGAAUGCAAAAACAAAACCACACCUUUGGUAUUUAUUCAUGGCGGACCUGGCAGAUCUCAGGGAGCAGGAGAGGACCCAUAAUGAGGCCAAACGGCUGGAGGUGUUGGAGAGGAGGCAGAGACAAAUAGAUGAACUUGCAGAGUAGAAGAGUGGACGGGACAGCUGAGAUUGCAUGGACACCUACAAGAAAUCAGUUCUGAAGAAGCAAACAUGGGACAUCUUUUGCCAACAAGUUUUUGUUAAGUGUUAUAAAACUGAUUGUUCUGUUAUUGCUAAAUUGGGAUAGAAGUUGCAUGGAAUGUCUGUAUAGAGGAUACAGAGAGCAAUUCAAAUUUAGGUUACCUUGAUCAGACUGGUAUUCAAGAGGAUUAUAUUUCACACAAAUGUAAAUGCAAAUGGUUGAAAUAAGUGUAGGGCCAAACAGUGCUGUUUCUCAUUCCUGCCACUGACAACAUGCUGCAUGGAUUAAUGUGUCAAAGUAUUGCAAAGUCUAGUUCAAAUGUUCUGCUGUCUAAAUCAGUCAGUCAAAUUCAAUGGCAAUUAAUCAAAAGGGAGGCAAACUACAAACUGAUUUUUACCAGUUGUUAAAGUUUGAAGCCCUCUUGGAGGGUCACAAAAGUCUGGAUAGAUGAAAAUGUAUUAUACUGUAAAGUUGGCAUUAAAGCCUUUCAACAACAUCUGAUAUUAACAUUUUUAGUGGUAACACCAUACAGUUAUCAUCACUGUCUUUGUUACAAUAAGAACACUACCAUUUAUUUAAGCACACAAAGUGUGUUUGUAACAUUGCACUGUUUAAACCAAACUGAAUGACAGUUGUCAUUUAUAAGAAAUCAGUGAAAAAUAAAGAUGAGAAUAUUUCAGCUACUAAUAUGAAGCUGGAAAACCAACCAUUUUACUACAAUUGAUUGUCAAUUUCGUGAAGACAGUGUUCAAAAUGCAAAUCUUAUGAAGCCAAAACUGUCUGCAUCUCAUUUUCCCUGUCUAAUUCCAAAGGGUUUUCACAUUUACAUGAGGCCACGCUUAAAGACACAAAACAGGAGAGCACUUAUUAAAUAAAGAGCCUACUGAAAAACUGGCCUUUUGAACCAAGAUUGACGAAACAAGAAUAAAAAGGAAACCAGUUUCCAUGACAUUUAAGUUUACAUUUAAGUCUACUGUGUAACAUUAUUUGUUACACAACAAAUAUUAAUAGUGUCAAUUCCCUUUGUUAAUCAGAUUUCACAAAUAUUGCCAUCCAACAAUAUAGGAAUAAAUACAUUUUUGUAAAGUGAUAAAACAUCACAUUAGCAAAGAACAGAGAGAACUAAAUUAAAUAUGUACAUAUAAGCUCAUAUCUAUAUAAACAGUAUCCAUAAAUAUAUUAGAUGGGUAUAUACACAUCUUUAAGGACUAUUAACAAGUACUUUAGUAAGGAUUUAGAACAUUGCAACAGACAAAGCAUGAAGUGCUGCUACAGUUGGGUUACCAUUAGCAUUACUAACCCUGUCGUAGUCCACUGUAAUCUCAACUACUGAGAGAUUCUGUAGUGUCUUAAAAGGAAUUGUUAUAUUGCUGUAUAGUGGUUCCUUGUGUGUAUGUAAAAGGUGGUCUUCCUCGGAUGGGUUUGAGUGCGUUUUUAAAGGGAUAUUUCACUUCAAAAUGUAAAUUCUGCCACCCUCAUUUUGUUUCAAACCCAAAU